GGACAAUCUGUAUGGUCAUGUCCUGUCAAAGUCUGCGUUGUUUGUCACAAAAAUGUAAAACAUUAACAAUGAUUGUAAAAUGUGCAAUGAAUGUUGGAAGGAAUUUAAAGGAUGGCUGAGAUCAUUUACGAGGACUGAAUGUGCUCUUGUUGCUCUGCAACUAUUGCUUCUAGUUUUGUUCAUUGCUUUUUUGACUUUUCUGAUUUUACACCUCCUUGCUUGUUCGGCAGCUGAACCUUUUUAUGUCAUUGAAGCAACUAAAACUCCUCAUGAACCAUUUAAGACAUCAUCACAGACAAACUCAACUUUACCAACUAUAUCAAUUUCUUCAACUAAUCACACAACUCUAAGUCCUGACAUUGAGUGCACGUGGAGACCAUCAAUGAAAACUGAUAGUGCCGUUCAUUAUUAUGACAAUGGGCAGGUUUCAAGUUCAGUUGUAACUAACAAUAGAGCAAUGCCAACAUGGACACCUGAACCAGCCGAUGGAGAUCUGACAGAUGAUGUUGACAAGGUUUAUCUACUUGCACUAGGAAAGGUGAACAUUCCACAGGAUAUAGUUUUUGGAUGUGUUUUGACUAUAAUAUCUGAAUACUGUACACUGACGGCGGCGAGUUGUAUCGAGUCUAUUGAAGAGGUGGACUCUGUGGAUACAUUUGUCAUUAUAGAGAGGUACGGGGACGGGCACAUUGGACAAAUGCACACCGUAUCUGAUGUUCUCAUACAUCCGGAGUACCAAGGAAUUAAUAAGAGAUACGAUGUGGCGGUUUUAAAAUCUGAAGACAGUUUGAUCAAAUACGGGCAUGUUGCGGUGACGCUGCCCUCGAUGCUGGAUGCCCUCAUGAUAACCAUAGGGGUGGAGUUCAAUCUACUUGGAUAUGAAAGUCACAGGGGGCGUGCGAGUGGCGAGGCGGGGCGGCGCGCAGUGCGCGUGCUUGCGGUGCGGACGCUGGCGGGGGCGCAGUGCUCGUCGGGGUGGUCGCCGCGGCACUUGGCACACGGUGCAGCAGUGGGCGCGGGCGGGUGCGGCGCUGCCCCACUGUGCGCGGGUCCUGCGCGCGCUCCGCCCGCCUGCAGCCACUGCGCGGGGGCGCCGCUGCUGCGCGGCUCGCGGCUGGUGGGCGUGCUGGCGGCGGGGCCAUGCGGGGAGGCGUGCGGACCAGCGUUGUACGUCAAUGUUGCCACUGUCCUCGACUGGUUGAAUUCUACCAUUUGUAGUUGAAUAAAUAUUUUAAGUUA